UAGUGAAUCCACAAAACCUUACUAGACGAAGAACAACAGAUUGGGUUUCUGGGUUCAAUCAUGGCGGCUCCCAUAGUGAUCGUGAGAAAUGUUGGGGCCGUUGCGAGGACAGUUGUCAGGACAUCACGGGCAUUGCAUAAAGUGGACAUUUGUGGGAUGUAUGACAGACAAGCUAUUUUCAGCCAAUCAUGGCGUUUGCAGACACCAGCAACCUUCCACACGGCAAGCGUCUUCAGAAGUGCUCCUGCUAUUACUGUUAUAGACGAACCAGAUAUCCUCUAUCAGAAGGUUGAAGUACUUGUAAAGGGCCAUGACAAGACGGUUCUUGACAGUUAUGAAUUCUUCGCCACCUUGGCUGCUAAAGAGCUCGGCAUUGGCCUGGGCAAAGUGUAUGAGCCACCCAAACACAUUGAGAAGUUAACAGUGCUGAAAUCUGUGCACAUCUUCAAAAAACAUAGGGUUCAGUACGAAAUGAGAACUCAUUACAGGUGCAUUGAGCUAUCUCGAGUAACAGGAUCGACAGUGCAGGUAUACUUAGAAUACAUUCAGCGGAACCUUCCAGAAGGCGUAGCUAUGGAGGUGACCAAGACUGCCAUAGAGAAGGUUCCAGAGCAUAUCCAGAAGCCUAUGUGGGAUGAUGCCCCAAAAGAGGAACAAGCAAGCCAGUGAGUGGAGAGGAAUGGACAUUUAAAGCAUACCAUUUACUUCUCACGUGCUCUGAUUUUGAAGAGAAGGAAAAGAGGUCUCCAAACCGUCUCUCAAAAUAAACCACAUUUUGUGGUAUUUUUGGUGAUCUCAGUCUCAUUGUCAACAAAGUAUAAUGUAUUCAUGUGUACGUCACAACCGUUCAUUUGUAUUCAUGUAAGCUUGUGUAAAAUAUUUCUUUUAUUAAAUCAUUGAGGAAAACACAUUACUCUUUGGUGUGUUCUGCUUACUGCUCAGCAGUUAUCCUUUGUUGUAGAAUGUAUGUAAAUACAAAGUGGCAUUGUCGCAACAUACUGUAUGUCCCAUCGUGUAUGCAGCUUACCUUAUGUAUUACAUAACACACUGUUAUAAAUUGCAUAUUUUACCCAGUU